AUGCGCCUCAAAUGCCUGCGAACAGCUGCUCCAGGAGGACCGCUGCAGCUAGCACGGAGAUAUGCCACAGCUCCUAACGACACAUCCGAGCGACAUGUCGUUCGGUCUAUCAACGAGCUGUCCAUCGUUCACGACGAGAAACGCAAAGAACUCAAAGCAGAGUUCAGCAAAGAUAUGCUAGCACGGCGUAGAUUGGCCGUCACAUGGGCUGAGCGCAAGACGCGCAAGUCGCCAAGCGCGGAUGCCGCUUUUACGCCGCUACCGCUCGAGCGGCGUCGAAUGUCAGAUUCUUACUUGAGCUGGGAUCUGCCUCUUGAGAGUGACGGCAAGCUGCUGGACGAAUAUAUUGGGGCAGAUUACCAAAUUCGACUUGGUCGUCUGCUAGAAGAUCUCGACACCUUGGCAGGCUGCGUCGCUUAUCUGCACAUUCUUCCAGAUAUCGCAAGCUUUGACGACUUGGACAAGUACGGUGUCUUCUUGGUGACGGCUGCAGUCGACAGAAUCGACGCGCUCGAAUCGGAUCUUCUGUCAGAUGGGCCAGAGGACUUGCGCAUGUCUGGACAUGUUUCGUACACCUCCAACUCUACGAUGGAGAUCUUCAUGAAGCUUCAGUCGAUAAGCGAAAGUCGUGGACACGCGAAGCAGCCUAAGACGCUGCUCGUGUCCCGCUUCACGAUGGCUUGUCGCGACAAGGCGACCGGCCGAGCCAAGGCAAUCCCCCAGCUCGUGACAGGCACAUCCGACGAGGAUACACUGCUCCGGCUGGGCCAGCAGCAGAGGGAGCGCAAGCAGCAGACCGCUCGUGCGGCACUGGACAAGCAGCCGCCUCGGAGCAGUGAAAUAGACUUAUUGCACCAUCUUUUCUUGAAGAACGACAUCUAUGGUCCAUCAGGCAGACUGCCGGCGAAAGCGAUAUGGAUCAAUGACACCCAGUUGGUCUCCAACACGAUCACCCAGCCCGUCGAUAGAAAUGUCAACGCGACAAUUUUCGGGGGCUAUCUCAUGAGGCUCGCCUACGAAUUGGCGUACGCCACAGCUGUAUUGUUUGCGCGUCAAAAGGUCUCGUUCCUAGCAUUAGACGAGUUGAUCUUUAAGCUGCCGGUCAACAUUGGUGAAUUGCUCAACUUAAAAGCUGCUGUCACCUUUGCAGCAGCAGAAGGACAGCAUCGAUCCUUCCAGGUCUCAGUGUUCGCCUCAACGACCAACUUGUCGACUCAUCAGUCGCGCUCAACAAAUACGUUCCAUUUUAGCUUUAGUUGCGAGGAACCUCUCCAACGCUACGUGUUGCCGAGGCAGUACUGGAUCUACCGGUUGCGACUGCGCCCGCCUAUACUCGGCAAUGCUCCGGAUAUUUCGGCAGUCUCGCUUACAAAUCGCUUUGAGUGGCCCAACGCCCUGAGCCAGGCUUCCCCGCGUUUCUUCGAUCACUCGUGGUCAAUCCGGGAUUCGUCUGCUCACUCGUUUCUAGCUGCGAAUCGCUCACAACCGCUUGCUUCGAAGCGACUACUCCGACAAGCGCACAUCGUCGCAUCGUCCGCAUCGAUUCGCUAA